AUGGGACUGCGCAUCAACGACACCAUCCCCGACCUGACCGUCGAAACCGACCAGGGCUCGUUCAGCCUUCACGAGUGGAUCGGCGACAGCUGGGCCAUCCUGUUCUCACAUCCGAAGGACUUCACGCCGGUCUGCACCACCGAGUUCGGCGCGGUCGCGCAGCUUGCCGACGAAUGGGACAAGCGCGGCACCAAGGUGAUCGGCGUCUCCGUCGACAGUGCCGAAGACCAUGUCAAAUGGAAGGGUGACAUCGAACAGGUCGCGGGCACCAAGGCCGGGUUCCCGAUCAUCGCCGAUGACGGGCUGGCCGUGUCCAAGGCCUUCGACAUGCUGCCGGCGGAAGCCUAUCUGCCCGACGGUCGCACCCCGGCCGACAGCGCCACCGUACGCUCGGUCUUCAUCAUCGGCCCGGACAAGCAGCUCAAAUUGUCGAUGACCUAUCCGAUGAAUGUCGGCCGCAACUUCGCCGAAGUGCUGCGCGCGCUGGACGGGCUUCAGACGGCCGCCAAGCACAAUGUCGCGACUCCGGCCAACUGGAACGUCGGCGACGACGUCAUCAUUCCGACGGCCGUCAAUGACGACGAUGCCAAGAAGAAGUUCGGCGAAUUCGAAACGGUUCUGCCCUAUCUGCGCAAGACCAAGGCGCCGAAAUCGGCCUAG